AUGGAGGACACCAGGCAAUUAGCACUGAUGGGAUUCCUGGCGCUGGAACCACACCUCAGCACGAAGCGCCCAGGGAACUAUCAACUCCUUAAGAAGAUUGACACCAUACUCGAGAUUCCACUAUGGAACAAGACCGACCGUCCUCCCAAGAUUCUUGCCGGCGCACUGACCUACGCCAUGCUGUGUUGCCUUAACUUUAUCGCCUCUGACAACACCAAUGGUGGGGAUGAUGUUGCAUUAGCAUAUGUGGUAGAGCGCGGAGUUAGUCAAUAUCCUCUAAUGAAGCAGCUCGAACCUGACUCAGUAGAACCCGAUGCGAUCAAAGACCAACGGGUUUACGGGGAGACUUUCAAAGAUCUCUGUACUAUCACCAACCUCUUGAAGAAGGCUAUUGGUAGUAAAGAGACCGACUCGAAAAGACGCGAGAGAUUCAAGGUCGAGCUGGAGCUCCUCAACGAAUUGCUGAAGGGUUUGGCCGAGAAACUUGAACGAACGGGCUAA